UCAUUUGACGGAUCUGAAGGAACAAACACAAAGCCCUCUGUGUGCCGAGUAUGAAACGUUAUGCCGUAGCCUCUACAAGCAAAGUGACGACAAUCAAAAAUGACCAAAAGCGACGAGAAAUAAGGAUAGCUGCAUAUGUUGCAUGCCAUUCCCCAAUUAAUGCAGUUGAUGACUUGAGAUGGGAGCAUUUAAAAUGCACAGAACCAAAUGCACAGCAGUCAUUAAAUCUGUGCUCGCUCCACAUUUCAGAGGAGCUAAUUUCUGACGUUGGUGAUUCGCCUUUUUCUCUCUAUCUGGAUGAAUUGACAGUUAAAACAGUCAACAAGCUACUUUGUAUGUGCAUCAAAUAUCAUUCAAAAAAGCACAACAACUUCAUACUGCCUGCGCCUGUAUCUGUUUGCUACCUGCUGUGUAGCGACACUUGCCUGUCUGACCACGAUCUGAUUAAGACAGCUUGAAACACCAGUCGAGUCUUGUGGAUGUGGAUCCGUCGCCUUGAGCCUUGUGACAUAAUCACGGCUACUGAAGUAGUCUCAUCUUGUCAGUCCAGAGUGUUGCCCAGCGUUGGACCAGGACCAGAGUUUACACACUGACAGAAACAACACAAUCUGAAAAUAAAGAAGUAUUGUGUGAAGUGAAGACAAAGGGAGCAGUGUCUCCCAGCUUCUAGUCGACUGACAGUAGGUUAAAUAAACCCAGUGCAAAACCACAACAAACAACUGUAAAUCUAACACUAAGUUCCUCCUGCGCUCUACAGUGAAUGUAGACAUGUGAGUUAGUUCCUGUUGCAUUUGGACGAACCAUGAAAAAAACUACUGUGGGAGGAACACAAGUGACCACAUCAUCCAAAAACCAUGUGAACUGUUUUGCUUGUACUUAGAUUCUAAUUUGUUUUAUUCCAUCAGACGAAAACUAAACAAAGUGUAUAAUAAUAAAUAUGAUCAGCAGCAAGAGAGAAAGAAAAAGCUCAGGACUGUAAGAGUGUAACAUCACAACAUGUGAUGGUUGGAGCGAUGGCAAACGUCGACUCAGCGUCACUGGUAAAAUGACUAGAAACUUUAUUAUCUGUCAUCUAUCUUCUCUUAUUAUUUCAAUCAGCAGACGAUCUUUAUCUUUAGACGCCACUGAUGGAGUUUUGGAAAUGUACAGCUCAGCAGCUGAACAACACACAGCUGGAAAUGGACAGAAAGCUGAGAGUCGCAGCUUUCCAACGGUGUGUAACGUUCAUGAGGUAUUAGGGCUGGACUUUACACAUCUUUAUAGCUCAGGAAACCCACCGACGGACCCAUAGUAAAUAGGUAGAGUAGGUGAGACGCCAUCUGAUAGAAGCUACUGUAUAAUGAUAAUACUGCACAUUUGGAAUUUUUGUUAUUGCAUAGUGACAUAACACAAAUACUUCCGGUGGAAGAAUGAAUAUAAAAUAUUGGAUGGAUGAUGGGACCAAAGCGAACCUUUAGCUUCUAAAGGACUGAGACCUGUCUCUAGAGCACAGAUGGGAAAAGAAGCAGAGCAGUGGAGGUGGAAGACACAUGCGGAGCCUUUCUACAGGGUUAAAUCUAUUUGACUGAGCCAGUGUCUGGAAGAAUUCAACAAUUCAAACUUGUGUUUAAGUGUGUUUUACAGCACAAAAGAAACAGCUAAAUUAAAGUUCAACUUCCCAAUGAAAGAGAAACUGAAGCUGGUUCAGUAAAGAGACAACGACGUGCUGUGGUCAUGAGAAACAGGGAGACGUCAUCAUGAUCUGUGGUUUCACACUGUGACUCCUGUUCUCAGUCUCCUGCUCAGACAACAACAAACUCAUCGUCAUGAAGCGGCUGUUUGUCGUCAUACAAUUAGUCAACAACAACAAUCAACAUCCUCCUCAUGUGAUGAGCUUCAGGAUCCUGACACUCAUCAGCCUCAUCUCAUGUGUCUCUGGAUCAUUAGUAGUGACCGUGACACAGAACCACAGCAUCACACUGGAGUGGACCUUCACACCCAAACCUGACACCAUCACCUCAGUUUACAUCUACUGUCAGCUGCUCACUGGUCUCAGAGCCUCAGUCCUGCUUCAUCUCCAUGAAGGUGUUGAGGUCUCAGAGUCUCAGGAUCAACAGUUUUCAGGACGGGUCCAGUUUGACAGAGACGAGCUCAGAGACGGACGGAUCAGACUCCAGGUGUCCAGACUCAGGACUGAGGACUCAGGACUGUACCUGUGUGGAGUCAGAACAGCUGAUGGUUGGAGCAUUGGCAGAUGUCGACUCAACGUCACUGGUGAGUUGACUGAACCCUUAUUAACACAUUUUAAUCAGCAGGUAAUUGUAUCAUUGUUCUUCACGUAUUCACAGCAGCAACAGAUCGGCCUGAACCUGAAGCAGAACCUUGGGAAAGUACAGUUUAUUGUACAGUUGGACUGAUAGCAGCAGCUCUGCUCGGCACGUCUGUCAUUUUAUACCUUUGCUUUGUACAGUACAAAUGACAUGAGUCUGUGUUGAUUAAACCUCUACAAAAGGUUGGUUCUGUAGAGCAGCUCCAGGGCUGUUUUCUCUGUGGGGGGUGCUCCAGGAGUAUGCAUUCGUCUCUGUACAACAACAGCAGGAGCUUGGUUCACAUUGUGGCAGUAAAUCAGACCUGUUCCCGGUGCAACAGUGAAAUAAACCAGGCCAUGAACCGUAACACCAGAGGGUGCUUUUUUUUAGUUUGUCUUGUUUAGAAACUCUUAGAAGCAGCAAACAGCAGGUGAGCUGAUUCACACUCAUACUUAUGUUCUAUGAGUCUCCAAUCAACUCAAGUGUGGAGUAAUGAAUAAUAAUGAGUGAAUAAUGAGUAAUGAAGAACAAUAAAACAUUACUCACCCGAUAGUGAUGAAAUUCCUUUGGUUCAGCAAAUACUGUAAGGUUUAUUAAAGUUUUAUUAAGAGAUGACAAUAUGCAGAUGACUGUAUAGAAUAAA